GCUCUGCGCCCUCUGGAGUCUUGCCGCCCGCGCCCAGGGUGGUGCCAUGUGGGGCGGACGGCGCUCGUCCGCUGCUUCCUCUCGGAACGCCGCUUCACUCUUGCAGCUGCUGCUGGCUUCGCUGCUGGCGGCGGGGGCGCGAGCCAGCGGCGAGUACUGCCACGGCUGGCUGGACGCGCAGGGCGUCUGGCGCAUCGGCUUCCAGUGCCCCGAGCGCUUCGACGGCGGGGACGCCACCAUCUGCUGCGGCAGCUGUGCGUUGCGCUACUGCUGCUCCAGCGCAGAGGCGCGCCUGGACCAGGGCGGCUGCGACAACGACCGCCAGCAGGGCGCGGGCGAACUUGGCCGGGCGGACAAAGACGGCCCAGACGGCUCGGCAGUCCCCAUCUACGUGCCCUUUCUCAUCGUUGGGUCCGUGUUUGUCGCCUUCAUCAUCUUGGGGUCACUUGUGGCAGCAUGUUGCUGUAGAUGUCUCCGACCUAAGCAGGAGCCCCAGCAGAGCCGGGCCCCAGGAGGAAACCGCUUGAUGGAGACCAUCCCCAUGAUCCCCAGCGCCAGCACUUCCCGAGGGUCGUCUUCCCGUCAGUCCAGCACGGCAGCCAGCUCCAGCUCCAGCGCCAACUCAGGGGCCCGAGCACCCCCAACCAGGUCACAGACCAACUGCUGUUUGCCCGAGGGGACGAUGAACAAUGUAUAUGUCAACAUGCCUACAAAUUUCUCUGUGCUGAACUGUCAGCAGGCCACUCAAAUUGUGCCCCAUCAAGGACAAUAUCUACAUCCUCCCUAUGUGGGGUACACGGUGCAGCACGACUCGGUGCCCAUGACUCCUGUGCCCCCUUUCAUGGACAGCCUGCAAACGGGCUACAGGCAGAUCCAAGCCCCCUUCCCUCACACUAACAGUGAACAGAAGAUGUACCCGGCGGUGACCGUGUAACAUAAGGUGCUGGCGGGUGUGUGGGGGUCGAUAGGGGACGCAUGGAAAGAGGGAAGUCGUGGACUUGGAAAGGACACUCCAAGUGCACAUCUGAGCAUGUUGAUGGUGUUUACAGCACGAUUCUUUUGGGUGACUUCAUUUGCCCUCCAACUGUAUGAAAUGUCUCUCCAAAUUAGCAUUUCUGGAUCUGUUUCAUUCUACUGCAUGGUUGAUUUAUGAUGGGAAAAGAGCAUCACUUGUAUUGCUGAUGGUUGUGUGACAAAUGCUUGAGCCCUUAAGUGCCCUUGAGGUAUGACUGUCAAAGGAAUUUUAAACUGAUAGAUUAAGGAUUUUUAUUGUUAUUAUUUCUUUUUGGAUUUUUAUGGUACAAGAUCAGAGUUCCUGUUCCUUCUCUUUACCUGGGGCAGUUUUUUUUUUCCCCCUUUUUCUUUCUUUCUUUCUUUUUUUUCUUUAUAAGCAUCCAAAGUUUAGGGGGAAACAAAUGGAACACAAUUAUUAUAAAUGGAAAUCUGACUUUAACUCUGAGAGUAGUCAUUGAUCUCAGUAUUUCACAGGUACAUUUUAAUUUCAUUGUAAAAAGAUAUAUUUUUUUGUCUAUUUUUGUGUGCUUUUUUGAUCUAUUUUGUGCUUUUUUACUCUGUGUAGAGAUCUUAUUACAAAGUGAUUUUCUACAUUAAAAAGAAACUGAAAGAAAUUGUAUCACUAACUAGUGACAUUUCAGAACUCUGGGAUUAUUUUAAUCUUGAAGUAGUGGGUGGUGUAUUAAUAAAACCAUUCAUCCCCUUGACUGUAGCUUCUAAUUUGCUGACUUUUCAGUGACAUCUGAGAAGUAAUUCGUGUUUUUUUAUGUUGAAAUCAUAAACUCUCACCUGUUACUUCUCCAAGUAAUUUUUAAUUUACCAUGUGGUAUGGCUUGGCAUUUUGUUCUGUCUGGUUUUUGAUCCCCAUAUCUAUAUAAAACUAAGUGCAAGUAAUUAUUACUGUAAAUGAAGAUCAGCAUUUCUGCCUAGAUGUGAGAAAUUUUUUGUUUUCCCUGUAAAAAUUUAAAGAAAUGAUUUAUAGUGAGACUUAGUACAGCUCUUCAGCCAUAAUCUGAGAUUUGAGGUGAAAUUAAAGCCACUAAUAUGCUUUACUUUGCAAAUCACAAGGCUUUUUAUCAUCUCAUUAUCAAAAUGACUCAUUUUUUAGACUUUAUGAACUAUUAAGUCAAAAGAUAACUUUUCUGAG